AUGUCUAUCCCCGAAAGCUGCACGGUGCUUGUGAUUGGCGGUGGCCCGGCGGGAUCAUUUGCGGCUGCGGCGUUGGCGCGUGAAGGUAUCGAUGUGGUAGUUCUGGAAAUGGAUAAGUUCCCCAGAUAUCACAUUGGAGAAAGCAUGCUUCCUUCGAUGCGUCACUUUCUCAAGGUCAUAGAUUUCUACGACACUUUCAACACUCAUGGAUUCACUAAGAAGAACGGCGCAGCUUUCCGCAUUCAUCCAUCUCAGCCUGAUGCCCAACUCGACUUUCUUGCGGCCGGCGGACCCGAGAGUUAUGCCUGGAAUGUGAUCCGAUCUGAAGCUGAUGAGAUGCUCUUCAGACACGCCAUUGCGUGCGGCGCCCACGCUUUCGACGCCACGAAGGUUGACGCCAUCCAGUUCGAGCCGGCUACGAAUGGGGCAAUCCAAGUUGAUAGCAGUCAAGAACCGAAACUUGGCCGCCCUGCGUCGGCCACCUGGGCUCGUGGAGACGGCAGUUCCGGGACCAUCAGCUUCCGGUACCUCGUUGAUGCCAGCGGAAGGCAUGGCAUUCUGAGUACUAGAUACUUCAAGAAUAGGAAGUUCAACACAAAUCUCAAGAACGUUGCCAGCUGGGGCUACUGGAAAGGUAGUGGCAAAUAUGGUUCAGGGACACGCCAAGAGAAUAUGCCCUACUUCGAGACUCUACAAGACGCCAGCGGCUGGUGUUGGCACAUUCCGCUACACGAUGGCACACACUCAGUUGGCAUCGUCCUGAACCAAGAGUUGGCUACUGCGAAGAAGCAAGAGCUGGGAUCUCCGUCAACUAAGGAUUUCUAUUUGAAAUCACUCGAUUUGGUGCCCAGGACCAAGCAACUACUUUCCGAGGCGGAGCUCGUCAGCGAUAUCAAGUCAGCUUCGGACUGGUCCUACUGUGCGUCAGCCUAUUCCUUCCCGUAUAUACGCAUUGUCGGAGACGCUGGCUGCUUCAUUGACCCAUACUUUUCCUCGGGCGUGCACCUGGCCAUCACGGGCGGCCUCUCAGCGGCGGUCACGAUUUCAGCCUCGAUUAGGGGGGACUGCAACGAGCAGGCGGCGGCCUCUUGGCAUUCUAAGAAGAUAACGGAGAGCUAUAAUCGUUUCUUCAUGGUGGUCAGCUACAUGACGAAGCUCAUGCUCUCUCAGGAGAAGCCCGAGAUACAAGGGGCUUACAAUGAGGGCGUUCAAAACGCUUUUGACAUCCUGCAGCCAGUCCUGCAGGGAACCACGGAUGCCGACGACACCGGCAAGCUGUCUCUUACAGAAAUUUUCAAAAUGUUCAAAUUCAUCCUCGUGGCGUUGACAGGCAGCUCAUCUGAUCAGGUGGAUGCCCUUGUCGAGAAGCUCGAGAAUCCUGGCUUCGACGGCGGAGUCGAUGCGUCAGUGGCCAAGGCGGUGCAAGGCUUCCAGGCAAGCCUAUCCAUCGAAGAGUCGCAUGUGCUCGAUUUACUGCAGAACAUGCGCUGGUACCUCAAAGACUACUACACCAUUGAUAGCUUUACCCUCAACCCCAUCGACGGGCUGGUGACAAAUAUGGAACAGGGGAAGCUCGGCCUCGUCCCCGCGGAGGAGGGGUGA